AUGCCCGUGUCGGGAUCCACAAACGAUCAGCGCUCCGGUCAAUGUGCCGGAAUAUUCUUUCUGAACAUAUCGGUAGAAUCCCCUUCUAAAUACAUAGUCAAUACCCUUCAGAUCGACGUCAAACCAAGCGAAGUGCGUCUCAAGAUUGAUGACGAAAAUACGGAAUAUGCCUGGCAUGUACAGGACCCUAGGAUCCAGGAACUAUUUGAAAAGCAGUUGAGUAAGCACUCUGUUGGGGCCUACAUAACUUUGGCAGAUAAGGUUGGCCGCUCCUUCUGGGCGGUCCAUCGACAUAGCGCAAAUGAGAGUUCCCCAUGUCCGCCUCUAAAAUUCCAGCUUGAAUCUCUUCAAGAGGAAAAUGCGAGGCUUGCACAAAAGGUGGAAUUUCUUGAAAAGGAUGCUGAUAGCAGUAGACAGGCGAAAGAGGUAAUAGAAAGGGAGAUCUUCAGUCUGAAUGAGAAUCUCAAGAAUUCCUACGGAACAAUUGCUACUACGCAGCAGGAAGUCCAUAAAUGGAUGUCCUUGGCAGAAUAUUAUCAAAAAAACUUUUCACAGUGGCUAAAUGACAUUAACCACGUCAGCCAAGUCCUGCAAGGCCUCGCAGUGAAUAUUCCAGAUAUCCGGUCCUUCUAUGAGGAUGCACCAAACACUGAAGUGUAUUAG